ACGGCGGUAGACGGCGGGCAACGGACGGUUUCGGCAGUUUCGGGGUUUCGGCUUUGGUGUCAUGCGUCGGUAGCAACACAAUGCAAGUAGAAUUAACAGUGGUGGCACAUAGAGUUGUGAGCAUCCGUUUUAAUUCGUUUGGUGCUUAUGUGCUGCUGGUGAAAUGGGGAAGAAACGCUUGGCUAUAACGUAUCCAGGAUAUGAGCCAGAGCGCGCAGCAACAAAUUCGGUGUCGAAGAAACGUUCACCGACGAGCUAUCGUGGGCAUGAGUUGAAGGGAAAGCUAUCGGCGAAGAAAUGCUCCCGAGACGUCUACCGUCACAGAGAAACAGCCGCAUCAUCGCAAGGUGAAGACAGGCAGUGGCUCUGCGUGAACGGUUUUUGGCAGGCCAAGUGGAGCAAGAUUCCAAAAAAAUUCGUCACGCGCUGCAUCCCCGUCGUAUGGUCGUUCCUGCAAGCCUGCGUCUCGCUAGGCUGCCUUUUCCUGGUUCUUCUUUUCUUUCACCCCACCUGCCUCGAUUCGAAAGAGCUGCAGGUGGAGGCUCUUGCCCUCACACUUCGGCAGCAUCUCGUUGGCCAAGACAUUGCCAUAAACCGGACAGUGACUGCCAUCGCACGCUAUUUGAAUAGCAGUGAAUCUACGGCAUCAGUUCCGCUUGUGCUCGUGUACGUUGGCUGCUCUGGUUGUGGAAAGACGUACGCAUCAUCACUGAUAGCCAAGCACUACCCAUAUACUGAAGCUCUUGUUGCCUCACACAAGAUAGCACUCACACGCAAAACCGGUAACGACUUGUUGCACUGGCUGCGGUACUCCCUGUCGUCGUGGCGGCCAAACGUCAUUGUGAUCGACGACGUUGACCUGGGACUUGAUACAGUGCGGCCCAGCCCGCUGGAUGAUCCGUUCAGCACGCAGCUAGAGACUGUCCUCUCAUCUUGGGAAAAGGCAAGAGUGCAGAGGGGGCAAGCAGUGAUUUUUGUUCUAUCACUGAGUGGCGGAAGUAAUGUGGCGGAGGGUUUUGCAUUGAAGCAGAUUGAGGAUGUGGCACAAGUGGGAAAUACGGAGGACAUCGAAAAGCUGAUUGAGGCAUACCGCAGCACGUUUCCGCUGUGGUUGAGAAAUGCGGAAAUCGUGCCUUUCCUGCCCCUGACCAAGGAUCAUGUCAAAGAGUGUCUGUUGAGGCAACUGGCCGAACAGACACCCCAAUCCCGAGCCAAAAUACUGGCCCUCUCUGGCAGGUGUGGAUAGUCUUUUGCAGGGAUUUACUUUUUACCCGGUGGACAAUCCUGUUUUCUCAAAAUCGGGCUGCAAAGAAGUUCCUAUCAAGCUUGCUUUGGGUGAUCUCUGAAAGCUCGACUCUAGCAGGAAUGCUAUGCUGUCCUUGAUUUAUAUGAACGUUGAGUGCUUUCAAUGAAAUGCUGAAACAACAAGAAUGAAUACCUGCACUUUGUGACGUGGCAGCAGUGCAAGUUAUUGCGUUGUGAGCAUUGUUGACUGUGAUAAAAUGAAAAUGGUUGCAGCAAGCCAAAGGUGUACUUAUAUUGACAGUGCCAGUUAAAGCACUACUUUAUUUUUAUUAUCUUGUCAUACAAAAGGUAUUCCACCAAGAAGUGUGCAUGCGUAUCCUUACCAUAUACAUUUUUUCUUGUGUGCGAGUUGAACUUUGUUUACCCUCUUUUUCUUGUUUUCAACACUUUGUAUAUACUAAAAACAAAGUUUAUGCAUCUCCUUUUAUUAAUAAAUUGCUCAUUUCACUGGACAUCAAA